AUGUCUCAGUCUACGACUCUCCUCCUCGUCCUCCUCCUAUCAGUUGUCGCAAUCAAUCACCUCCCCGUCGUAAGCUGCAACAGACAAUGGUGCAUGGCGAUGUGGACUGCGUCAAACGAGCAGUUACAAGCAAACAUUGACUACUGUUGCAGCAACGGUGUCGACUGUACACCAAUCCAACCCGGUGGGAUUUGCUACAACCCUAACACUCUGUUAGACCAUGCGUCGUAUGCCAUGAAUGCUUAUUACCAGAGCCAUGGUCGCAUCGAAGACUCUUGUGACUUCAACCGUACCGGUUGUUGGGUUUUUGUCGACCCAAGUCAUGACACAUGUAUCUACUUCACUUGA